AUGCUUCCCCGUUUGGAAGGCCCCGCCAAUGCGUCUGGUCGAGACUUGGUACAACUCCCCCCGGUUGACGACAUAUCAAUUGCUGAACGCAUUGAUCAAGAACCGCAUUCCUCAACCAACAUCACCGUCCGCUCCAGACGACCACCUCCCGCCAUGCGCUGCUCCGCAUUCCACCUCCUCCCCGCGAGCCUCCUCGUCAGCGUAGCGACCUCCCUCCAACUCCCCGACCUCCAACCAUUCCUCUCGGCCCUCCCGAACGUCCUCCAAGACUACAUCCCUCAGAACCUCCAAAACAGCACCGCACACGACCUGCUCAAACGGCAGAGCAGCAACACCUGCCCAGAUGGCUUCGACUCGUGCGCAAAUCUGGGAGCCGCGCAGCUGUGCUGUAUGAGCGGUUCGGUAUGCUCUGCAGACUACGCUGGAGCUGUCGCGUGCUGUCCAUCGGGAGCUGCGUGCACUGGGACGAUUUCGGGGAUCAUUACACAAGGCACGAUUGAUGCGAGUAAUGGAGGAGUUGUCGGGGGAGGUGGUGUGGUGACGGGCACAACGAAUAGUGGAGGGAUUGCGACGGCCAGUGCUUCGACGACGAGCUUCAGCUUCUAUAGCAGCGGAGCGAGCACGACUUCCAACAAUGGCUUGGUGAUGGCGACGUCUCAGGCGACCAUUGCUACAGACGAUAGUGGGACUUCAGGCAAUGGCUUCAUUGUAGAUGGCACGAGUACGGUGGCUACACCUGGUGCUGGUGUUAGAAGAGCAGAGAUCCCCUUCAUCGCCAAGGUAGUCAUACGAGCUUUGGAAUAUCUGCCGAUGUAA